AUGAUACCUACACAUCCUACCGUAUGCUAUCAUACUACUACUCAUUCCUCAAUCAACAGAUGUUCUAUCAGUAUUGUUCGUAGCGGACCGAACGUUCUUUCGAUCGAUAUUUCCGGUCAAAACCUCAGGAUUCUUCCAUGGAUUGUAAUACAAAGUCGUAACACACUUAUACAUCUCAUAGCGGAUGGGAAUCUUCUCAAUGAGAACGCCUUGAAUAUGCCGAUAUUUCCUCGUUUAAAAACGUUGAGUAUCGAUUUUAAUAUGGUCCGACGAAUCCCUACACUUCUACAUAAUCUCCACAAAAGUUGCCCUCAACUCACAUCUCUUAGUCUCAUAGGGAAUCCUGGCUGGUUCCCGCCAUCUUGGGCAAGAAACGAACGGAUUCUCAAACAGUACAGGAAAACUGUGCUUACCAUGCUGCCUUAUCUGCAUUCCAUCGAUGCUAGAACGACAGAGAAAUUACCGCGAAACUCGAAAUGGAUCGAUUCCACGUCAUCUUCUGGUGAUGAAUCAGCAUGA